AUGAGGCGCCUCCUCCUCGCGGCCUUUGAGCAGACCGCUGAGAACGCGGUCUGGCGCCAGGCGGCCAAGCAUCUUGAUGGGGGUGGGGCGGAGGAGGGUGUCUGGUGGCAGCAUGUGCCUGCCCUGGCUGAGCGGCUGGAGAAGGAGUCCCAGCACAGUCUCGCCAGCCUCGUCCGCCUAGUUGCUUGUGGUGGCUACUGGACGGAGGAGCGCCGUUUCCAGGCUGGCUACCGCACGGACGACCUGUGCCAGCGCUGCCACCGCUCCCGAGAAUCUAGCCGCCACCGUUUCUGGGAAUGCAUGUGCAACUCCAUGGAGAGGGACUGGGCGCGCUCGGUAGCAUGCCUUUGCCUCGACCGCGUUCGGCUGGCGCUGCAAGCGUUGUGGCCGACCGGUCAGGACGAGCCAGCGGCGGACGCCGCUCCCGCGCUUCGGGUCUGCGUCAGGCUGCCGCGCUCGUACUCGGGGUUGCCGCCUAUCGACGAGCAGCUUUUUCGCGCAUUGGGGAUGCCUGAUCCCCCAGUGCGCUUGCCGCCUGGCUCGGGCAUUGCUGGGCAUGUGCCGCACGGCUCGCACCUGUUGUGGCGCAAAGGCGCCCUCUCUUUUUGCAGCCUUUGUGGGCGCUACGCCGACUCCAGGCCCGCUCGGCUUUUGGAGGAGUGCGAGGCCACGCGGCACGGACCGCUCGCGCUGACUAAGGCGCAGCUCACCGCCCUGCUGCGGCUGCGCAAGGGCCUCCCUCCUAGGGGGACCUACUUCGAGGCGCGCUGCGCGCCCCUGGAAAGCCUCAUCGAGGAGGGCCUGCCCGGCGCGUUGGCGGGAGCCCCGGCCGCGGUCUCGGGGCCGCUCGUCGUCGACCUUCUCUCAGUGGACGCCGAGGGCGCGGAGGUCGAGAUCUUCCGCAACUUCCCUUUCGACAGGCUGCAGGUGCGGGCGAUCGUCGUGGAGACCAGCCGCCGCACGUCCAUGGCGGUCGACGGCCUGCUGCUCCCCAUGGGUUUCCUCAAGGUGGCGGUCCUGGGGAAGGACGCCGUCUACGUCCACCACAGGUGGAUUUCGGAGAUGCCGAGCGGCGGACCGCUGUUGCCCGCCCGGAUACAGUGGAGCGAGCCCGGGUCGGACGCGGACUCGACCGACUACCUCCGCUUCCAGCGGCUGUUCGGCGUUGACGGAGACCUGGACGAGGAGGUCGGGGACGGCCGCCUGCAGAAUGAGACCGAGCUUGCCCUCGUCCAGGAGCGGCAGGAGGCGAAGAACCGGCUCCGCUCAGAGGAGGUCAGGAGGCUGGCCGAGGCGGCGAUCGUCGGGGGCAGCGUCUCCAGGGGCUCGGUGCGCGCGGCCGUCGACUCGCCCGAGGCGGGGGCGAGAGCCGGCCCAAUAUACCGCCCUUAGAGACGGCCAGUUCUCCAGCAGUGGCGAGGCUUCCUGGGCUGCCUACCCUCCAGAGUGCAACUUCGGUGAGGUUACAUCUCGUGUCGGCGCUGGUAUUCUCGCGUGGCCUUCUAGCCGCGGAAUCGUUCCAGCGAAGACCUCCCAGGAGUUGCCUCCCAAGUAUUCUGAGCCCUUCCUCGCUGAUCGGCGGCUCGGGCAUCUCGAUGGGCGGCAGGGGUAGGGCUCGGAAUCCGUUGGCCACGCCGUGGAGUCCGAACCCUGCCCCUCCCUCGCAUCGAUUCGGGAGGAUCGAUGGUUGGCGGGGGUAGUUCGGGUUCGCAUGUCGCCACCCAGAGGCAGGAGCCCAGGAGGCCGCAAAAGACGGCCCCAGGAUUGGCCCCAAGAGGGGGACACCGAAGGGGCUUCUCGAGCCCUUGGACCCUGAGAUCCGACGGUGCGAAAACAGUGCAGCAUCGUCAAAAUCACGACAGGAG